AUGUCAGGACUCAAGAUUGACGAGUUCUCGAGGGCGAAGAUGGAUGCAAUAGCAAAAGAGCUGGUGGAGGAGAAAUCGUUGGCCUAUUCAGGGCUUCUAGAACUUGAAACAGGGUUGGUACAAACCUCGAGGCCGGUUAUUGAGGCAGCGGCCCAUUCUGUUGGAUAUGGUGCUCCAUAUAUCGGUGGAGUGUCAGGAUUAACAGAAAAUAUUCCUCAAACAAUACUGAAAAAGCUAGACAGUCCAAUUCAGAAUGAGGAGAUUGGAGGUGCUGCUGUUUUCAGCAAACCAGAUUAUAAUGACUCUGUUUUACAGUGUCUAGAGGAAAUUGCAAGGGGCAAUCACUACAAUGAUGUUAAUUCUCUUGCACUGAAGAUUAGUAGACGAAGACUUGCAAUUACAAAUUGGGAAAGGGGUGGUCUUAUUGGAAAAGGUUCAUUCGGAUCAGUAUACGAAGGAUCUGAUGAAAAGGGAUCAUUUUUUGCUGUGAAGGAAGUUUCGCUUGGUAAUAAAAAAAGUCUAGGCCUUCUCCGGAACGAGAUUGCUAUAUUGAAACGCUUGGAUCAUGAAAACAUAAUUCAGUAUUAUGGAACAGACAGGGAUGAAGAAAUGCUUUAUAUGUUUCUAGAGCUUGUAAGUCGUGGCACCCUUGAACAAGCAUAUAAGAAUUGCCCUUUCAAGGAAUCCCAAGUUUCUCAUUAUACUCGACAGAUAUUGGAAGGUCUGAAGUAUCUUCAUGGUUGUAAUGUGAUUCAUAGAGAUCUUAAAUGUGCAAACAUACUGGUGACCGAAUUUGGAAACAUAAAACUUGCUGAUUUUGGUCUGUCUAAAUUUAUGGAAGAUGGUCAGUCUUUGAAGCCAGGCUUGGUAAGUUUAUUAUGGAUGGCUCCGGAGGUUGCUAAUCCUAAAAGUGGCGGGUAUGAUUUUCGAGCUGAUACAUGGAGCCUUGGAUGCACUGUGGUGGAAAUGCUGACCCGAAAGUAUCCACAGUAUAAUGUUAGGAGUACCUUCUUUGCCUUAGAACGUGCCAUUAGAAAGGGCACAGGACCUAUCAUUCCUGAUUCUCUCUCACAAACUUCGAAGGACUUCAUCAAAAAAUGCCUGCAGCCAGAUCCAAGCAUGCGUCCAACUGCUGCCGAGCUUUUAGUUCAUCCUUUCGUGAAUGAAUCAUCUUGCACCCAACCUGAUCUUAGCGAAUUGCUGUUCGGUGAACAAUAUGAAAGUGUAAACUGA